CAGGUCUGCUAAAAAAUGACAGAGUAUAAGCUUGUUGUCGUUGGAGCUGGUGGUGUGGGCAAGAGCGCCUUGACAAUACAGCUCAUUCAGAACCACUUUGUGGAUGAGUAUGACCCUACCAUAGAGGAUUCCUACAGAAAGCAAGUAGUAAUUGAUGGGGAAACCUGUCUCUUGGAUAUUCUUGAUACAGCAGGUCAAGAAGAAUAUAGUGCAAUGAGGGACCAAUAUAUGAGAACAGGAGAAGGCUUUCUGUGUGUAUUUGCUAUAAACAAUACAAAAUCUUUUGAAGAUAUUCACCAUUAUAGGGAACAAAUAAAAAGAGUUAAAGACUCUGAAGAUGUCCCAAUGGUGCUAGUAGGAAACAAAUGUGAUUUGCCUUCCAGAACAGUAGAUACAAAACAAGCUCAGGAUUUAGCAAGAAGUUAUGGAAUUCCUUUUAUUGAAACAUCAGCAAAGACAAGACAGGGUGUUGAUGAUGCCUUCUAUACAUUAGUUCGAGAAAUCAGAAAACACAAAGAGAAGAUGAGCAAAGAUGGUAAAAAGAAGAAAAAGAAGACAAAGACAAAGUGUAUAAUUAUGUAAAUACAGUGUAUCCUUAUUCUUAAGACGUACUGAAGUAAUUUUUGUACAUUACACUAAAUUAUUAGCAUUUGUUUUUAGCAUUACUUUACUUUCUGCUUCAUGAUCCUGUUAGCUUUACCUGAAUGCUUGUUUUAAAUGACAGUGGAAACUUCAUUCCUCUUAAAGUGCCAGUAUUCUUUGAGUGUUGGUUCUUGAACUAGCAAUGCCUGUGAAG